GAAAAACGACAACAAAACAUAUUGAAAAGAACACACAAGUGCAAUGUUCUGAUUGUAAUGGCAAGUAGCUCCAGCUCUGAUGAAAGCUCCAAGGCACCUGAAAACUUUCAAAUAUCAAGCGUGUCCACAAACGAGGACGAAGAUGACAUCUGCGAUGGCGCAGGAUACACAAAGGAUCUCAGGAAAGCCCGCGUAGCCUCAACAGCUGCUGCUGCUGGCGCCUCCCCAGGCUUACGUUGUCCACUCUGCUUCAAGCAUCAGCGCCGCUUCCAUUGUCACAACUGUGUUAAAAAUGGCAACAUUACUCACAGCACGGCCGAAAGACCCGAAAGUUUGACAGAGAAACAACAAAAGUAUAUUAAUCUGCAGGCCAAUCUAAAGGCAUACAGCGAACGCUAUGAGAAGCUCAUGCAGCACCUCAAAUGCAAUGAGAAUCGUCAAGUUGAGAUUAAACAGAAACGCGAGCAGCUACUGCUGAUGAAACAGCUGAUUGGAAAGACAUCAGAACGUUUGCUGGCACUUGGCGAGCAACGCGACGAACUGCGUCGCGCUAAUGCCGAGAAGCGCAAGCACCUGCCAAAGUAUCCCAUCAAAGUUAGAGAGCUAGAGGACUAUGUGCUCGAUCGCAUUGUAAAAAUUGACAAACUGCGUGAUGCGAAUCAGGGGUUGUUAGACAAUAUAAAGCAGUCGGCGCGCCGCAGCAUUCAACAGCUGGUCGCCUACAUAUUUCCCAUUACAGAAGUGGUGCUUAAGGAAGAACAGCAGCGCAAGGUGGUAGCAGAGCGCAGCGAGGAGGCAGAAACAAUUGCAGCUCUCGCCGAUGCUAAAAAUACAUCGUACAUAAGGGGCAAAUGGGUUUUCCAUGGAAGUGGAAUCAGUGAGGUGCAAUAUCGCAUUGUGGGCCCCACUCUGCCCGCGAAUGGCGACUACUCGGCCUACACCGAUUGGCUGGCAGACAACAAGGACGACGUGCCCAAAGCAACGGUCAAUGAAAUAACACCCAGUCGCUUUGAGGCCUAUCGCAUUGUAGGCGCCCUAACUUACACAGCCCAACUGACGCAGCUGCUCAGCUUCUAUUUAAACGUGCGACUCCCUCAUAAGUUGGCCUAUGGUGACUUCUGUCGCAAGCUGAACGAGGAAACCUUUCUGCGUAAGGUAUCUCGCGUCAACUCCAACAUCAUGUAUCUGGCCUACACACAGCAGGUGAAACUGCGGGCUCUCAACGAAAAGCACACGCUCGAAAAUAUUUUGGCCAUACUAGACCUAGAUCGCAGCGAUUUGGGUCGUUACGGGCACCUCGAUGUUAACAAUGCGCCUCUGAUGAAAUCGGUGGAUUCUCUGCUCAUUGGCAUAGAAACGGCCACAGAAUCAGAGUCGGAAGAUGAGAAUUCGCUGCGCUUGGACUGGGAAGCUGUUCCCAGCUUGGCAGCCCAGCCAGAUCUGAGCGAAUCAAAUCUUAUACCCGCGGCUGCCCAACAAUCAACCAUCGCCAUGGCUGCCAAUCGGAUCACAUCAAUACUGCGCUGGAUCAAGUGAGACGACCUACGAUAUCGGACAUUGACCGCAGUGUUAACUCUUACAAAUUAGGCUAGGAAUUACUAUAUACACACAUAUGUAUAUAAGUGCAUGUAGGUGGGCGCACAACGCCGUGCGCAGAUUUCCAAGUUAAUCGAACUACAUUGAUGGAACCAAUAGUGAUGAAUAUAGAAAAUGGCUUUGAUUCCAACCUUUUUAUAAUGGACAUAAUCUGUGCUUUGUCGUAUAUGUAAUUAAUUAAAGAGGAUGUACCCGACAAAA